AUGCGUGUGGCAGUGGACAUUGAGUACAAUCAUAAUCACAAACUCAUGCAAACUGAUGACAUGCUGGUAUUUUUGCACUCACACAAGAAUUAUGACCCCACUAUUUUGGAGUACGUAAAGCUCCUGCAGUACCAUGAUGUCAAGCACACAACAAUCAUGUCCAUGCUAUCUGAAAAUGAAGAUGGAAGCUACUUCCUAAGCAUGACCGGACGAGACCUACUAAACCAGAAAGCCAUGAAUGCAAGGAAAGAUGAUUUGGAUGAUGUAUUGAAACUUGUUUCAUUCUUCAAAGACAUGAAGGCAAUAAAUGAUGAGUUUUUCUAUGACAUCCAAGUGGACAAGGACAAGUCAAUUAAAAACAUUUUCUGGUCCAAUGCAAGCUGCCGAGGAGCCUAUCAAGACUUUGGCGAUUGCAUAACAUUCGACACAACUUACAAGACCAACAGUUUUCAUAUGCCUCUAGGAGUGUUUGUUGGAACAAACCAUCACUUGCAGUCAACGAUAUUUGCUGUUGCCCUGAUAAGAGACGAAGAUGCAAAGUCAUUCAAGUGGCUGUCCGAUACAUUUGUACGGUACAUGAACAACAAGCACCCAACUUGCAUUCUAACAGACCAAUGCCCAUCGAUGGCGAAAGCUAUACCACAAUCAUUUCCAAACACCGUCCACAAGCUAUGCCGUUGGCACAUCAUAAAGAAGUACAGGGAAUACCUCGCGUUGCUGUACAAAAAGUAUAAAACAUUCAAAGAGGAGUUCACAGCUAUUAAACUGGCCACUGAUACCAACAGAGUUUGA